AUGCCAUUAAGAGCUGUUAAAGGACAUGUGGUAGCAGACUUUAUAGUCGACCACUCCAUAGACGCAAACACACUGAACUAUCUCGAAUUGGGACCUUGGAAGUUAUACUUCAAUGGGUCUAGUCAUAAGGAUGGUACAAGCGUCAGGGUUGUAAAUAUUUCUCCUAAUAAAGUUUCAACAAAAUUCCAGUACAAAGUAGUAGGUACCUGCUCAAACAAUGAGGCUGAAUACGAAGCCCUCAUAGUAGGACUUGAAAUGUUGUUGGAAUUGGGGGCAACUCGAGUCGAAAUAAUGGGUGAUUCAGAGUUGGUAAUAAAGCAGAUCACAAAGGAAUAUAGAUGUAUUAAGGAGAAUUUAAUCAUGUACUUUAUAAUCACCAGUCGACUACUAAAAAGAUUUGAAAUGGUUUCUAUUCGACACAUACCUCGACUAGAAAAUCAAGUGGCUAACCAUUUGGAUCAGAUUGCAUCCAGGUAUAAAAUUUCAAAAGAAAAUUUCUAUAAAGUCAUUGAAGUUAGAGGAAAGGUCGUGGCAACCAGAUUACUACCCUUAGACUUAGAAGAGACAAAGCUAGGAUAUGUUGAUGAAGGGAAUUUCAAAAUAUUGGCAGCAGACAAUUUGACGAAUGAAGAUUGGAGGAAGCCAAUAGUGGUGUAUUUGCAGAAUCCAACAGCGUCUACUGAUCGAAAAACCAGAUAUCGAGCAUUAAGUUAUGUUCUUUUGGGUAUAGAGUUGUUUAGAAAAUCUCCUGACGAAAUUUUGCUUAAGUGGCUUAGUGAGUCAGAGGCAUACUUAGCCCUUUCAAUUGUACACAUUGGAGCGUGUGGGGCACACCAAGUCGGUCCUAAGAUGAAAUGGAUUUUAUUUCUCCAAGGGAUGUAUUGGCCUACCAUGUUGAAAGACUGUGUUGAAUUUGCAAAGGGUUGCCAAGAAUGUCAGAUGCAUGCCGACAUACAUCACGUCCCUGCAAGUGAAUUACAUUCUAUCAUCAAGCCUUGGCCAUUUAGGGGUUGGGCUUUAGAUUUGAUUGGGGAAAUUCGACCUCCACCAUCUAAAAGUCAAAGGUAUAUAUUGGUGGGAGUUGAUUAUUUUACAAAGUGGAUUGAAUCUAUACCCUUACCAAGUGUGAACCAAGAGAAUGUGAUCGAAUUUAUCCAAAAGCACAUUAUUUAUAAAUUUGGAAUCCCAAAGACGAUUACAACGGAUCAAGGGUCAAUAUUUACUAGUCGGAAAAUGCAAGAAUUUUCCAAAGAAAUGUGUUUUAAAUUGUUAACUUCGACGCCUUAUUAUGCUCAGGCCAAUGGACAAGUCGAAGCUGCGAAUAAAGUGAUCAUUGGUUUGAUUAAAAAGCAUGUAGGGAAGAAGCCUAGGAAUUGGCAUAAAACUCUGGACCAUAUUUUAUGGGCAUGUCGUACCUCUCCCAAAGAGGCCACUAAGUCGACACCCUUUCGGCUAACCUUUGGCCAUGAUGCUGCUCUACCAGUAGAAAUUUACCUACAAUCCAUAAGGAUUCAAAGACACCAUGAACUUCCAAUAGAGUCAUAUUGGAGCAUGACGUUGGAUGAAUUGGUUGACUUAGAUGAAGAAAGGAUAAAUGCCUUAGAGUUUCUAAAACGACAAAAGAAGAGAAUAGAAAUCUCUUAUAAUAAGAAGGUAAAAGUCAAAAGUUUCGCACCUGAAGACUUGGUCUGGAAAGUGAUCCUUCCAAUGGAUCGAAAGGAUAGAGCCCUAGGGAAAUGGUCCCCAAAGUGGGAAGUCCCUUUUCAGAUUUUACAGGUAUUCUCUAAUGAUGCCUAUGAAAUCGAAGAGCUUAAUGAAGAUAAAAGGAUUCUAAGAGUAAAUGGGAAAUAUUUGAAAAAAUAUAAACCGAUACUCCAAGAGAUAAAAAUAAGAGACAAAUAG